ACGACACAGCGGAAAUGACAGAUAUUCUCAUUGUGCAAACGGGGGGAACAAUUGACAAGGACUACCCUCAAACGAAAGGAGGAUACGCUUUCGAAAUUGAUGAACCGGCAGCGAAGAGAAUUCUUGCUCAAGGCAGAGUGACGUUUGACUACAUUACAACGACAGCAUGCAGGAAGGAUAGUCAAGAGAUUACUCAUCAAGACAGAGAGACUAUACGAGAAGUGUGUGUUGCAGCAGAGCAAAACAGAAUUCUUAUAACGCAUGGAACUGAUACUAUGAUACAAACUGGUCUGUUUCUUAGUGCAGCUGCUGACCUAGAGCAACAGAAGAAAGUGAUUGUUCUCACUGGUGCUUCUAAACCUGAAAGAUUUAGAGAUUCUGAUGCACAUUUCAACGUGGGAUUGGCGAUGGGAGCAUUACAAUGUCUAGUGGCUCCUGGUGUCUACAUUGCCAUGAAUGGCAAAGUGCGGAGUGCUGAUUGUGCCUCCAGAGAUAAUACAGGGGCUUUUCAGUGAACUAUAUUUAUAUUUGUUAAUUAAUAUGAAAAUGUGAUUUCGCUCUCGCUUCAACAGUUAUGAGCCCUUUGAAGAUCUAUGCACUACUAACUUGUGAAGUGAUCGAAGAACUAAGCACUAAAGUGCUAUAUCAUCAACUACUCAUGUGAGAAACUACAAGCACAAUUACCUGUCUAUAGAACUGACAAUAAAAGUGUAUAGUGUGCUGCUAAUUGCCGAUCGUAGCGAGGCUUCUAAUCCCAGUCCAC